AUUUUUUUUAUUCAUUUUAUAACUGGCUCCUUAAUCUUCUAUCCAGUGUCGAAAUUCAGUUCAGGAAACAUAGAAAAAGAAAGCAGAAAUGGCUCCAAAGAUCAUGGAUGGAGCGGCCAAACCGUACGUUAACAAAGGAGCAUGGACGGCCGACGAAGAUCAAAAACUAUCUCAGUGUAUCGCUGUCCAUGGAGAGAAGAGGUGGCGAUCGGUUCCGGCGAAAGCAGGUUUGAAUAGAUGUGGGAAGAGUUGCAGGCUGCGAUGGUUGAAUUAUCUGAGGCCCAACAUCAAGAGAGGCAACAUAUCAGAUCAAGAAGAGGACUUGAUCAUCAGGCUUCAUAAGCUCUUAGGCAACAGGUGGUCUUUGAUUGCAAGGAGGCUACCAGGAAGAACAGAUAAUGAAAUCAAGAACUACUGGAAUUCCCAUUUGAGCAAGAGAAUGAAAGACCAAAAGGAUAAGGUGGGGCCCAUCCCAAACAAAAAAAGUCUCCUGGUGGAACUUGGGGAGGUGAGUGAGAAGGGACCCACAUUCAAGGGAGGAGAUUCAAGGGACGAAUUCAAUGUGGACGACUUGUUUGAUUUCUCACAGGAUGUGGGGCCCAUCAUGAGCCCUCGUGAAGAGAAUCCCAUGGACAGGUUUGAUGGGUUUGUUGUAUCAAAAAGAGGGUCCUUGAAUUUGGAUUGGGUGAAGGAAUUCCUUGAGACUGAUGAGUGUGGAUUCUCAUGCAAUGAAGGGAAUAGAAGCCUUGCUUCUAUUUCCUGAAUUUACUGCAAGCCACUGUAGGUGGGCCCCACUACUCGCACCCCACUUUUUUUCACCACACCCCCUUUUUUCUACUUUUGGUAGUAGAAUAGCAACUUGGAUACUACUAUAAUGUGCAAACGCUUGAUAUGCAGACACUCAGAAAUCUUGGACAUGACAUACAAGUGACUCAAAUUCAGCUGACUAAAUUGUAGAACCCACUGUUUGUAAGUUACAAUCUCAAAAUCAGAUUGGUUGAGCAAUCCAAACUUCUAAUGGGGGCGUCUAUCGGUUGAAAUAAACCGUCCGCUUGAAUUUUUACUUUGAUCGACCGUCAAAUAAGUGUCCACCAAUUAUCUAACAGGCAGGUAAUCGGAUAAACAUUAUUUUUGUUUAUCUAAAGAAGAAUCUAUCAAUUGGACAGUUCAAUUUAAGUCACCUGUAUGCCAAACAUAUACAUUUUUGAGUAGUUUCUAGGUGCAUGCGUAUCAUCCAUCGCCCUUCCCGAGUAAUGAAGUUUUUCUGGUAGAAGUUUCUCAGAUUACACCGCACAUGGUCCCGUGGUUUUCGAAUGGAUGUGAAGUGACCUGCAUGUCUCUUACUCAGUGCAAGGAAGUACUCUUAUUUA